CAGAGCAGCACAAACGUCGUUUAAAUUGUUAUCAGGUUACAUUUCUGAGCUAUUUUUGGUUUAUAUUACUUUGUUAAGGAUAUAAACUGACGCUUUCAUCACGCGACCAUUGUGUUUGCCUCCCCGAUUAAACAGCGCUUCAUUUUAGCGCAAAUUAGUUGCCAAUGCUUUACAUUCGUGCAUGUGUCGCCUGCUGCUACAAGCUAACAUGUUAGCAACAGCGCUCACGUGAUUGCUGUGCCGUUAUUCACACACUUUUCUCCCUUUAUACCUCCUGCUCUUGUGUUUUUGUGCAUAACAAGUCUCCGCGUGUGGCUUUUUUUAAGCACCAUGUCCAAAAGAAAAGUCACUUUUGCGGAUGGUGACAGUGUGGGGUUGGACGAUGAGGUCCCAAACAAGAAGCCGACACUUGAGGUGUCAAGCGGCCCGGGCUCCAGGUUCAAGGGCAAGCACUCCCUCGACAGUGACGAGGAGGACGAUGGGGAGGACACCCAGAGCAACAAAUAUGACAUUUUAGCCAGUGACGACGUGGAUGGCCAAGAAAACGCUACCAUUGAUUACGACGAGGGCGUUUCCAUCACCCCCUUCAACCUGGAGGAGGAGAUGCAGGAGGGACACUUUGACUCAGAGGGGAACUAUUUUGUCAAAAAGGAGGAGCUGAUCCGAGACAAUUGGCUUGACAACAUCGACUGGGUGAGGAUUAAAGAGCAACCGUUCAAACAAAAGAAGAAAGGACUCGGAGCCAAACGCAAGCGCAGAGCAGGUGAUGAAGAUGAAGCAGAGGAGGAGAAGAAGCGGGAGGAGCAGCAGGAAAACAAGGAAGGUGGCGAAGACGAUGAGGAGGACGACGCCGAGGAAGCCGAGCCCGCCGAGGACCCCUUGGCCUCCCUCACGCAGAAGCAGCUCACAGAAGCCCUGGUGGAACUCUUGUUGCCGGGGGAGACAGUCUCGGCGGCGCUACGGCGGCUCGGAGGCCUCGGCGGGAAGAAGAGGGGCAAAUUGCGGGACACUGGCGACAACGUGGCCGAGAACAAGCGGGACACGGAGAAGCUGGACCGCCUCACGUCUCUCGCUGACAGGCUGGUGGCGUCUGGCAUGUACAGCAUCUACCAGCAGACCCAGGAGAAGCUGGCCUACACGCUCAAGAGCAUGAGCAGUAAGCGACCCGCGUCAACGUCAAAGGAGGAGGACGAAGAUGAACUGGACAUGUUCGGGGAGAAAUUUGACGAGAAGCACGGCGCCAGGGCUGAAGAGGAGGAGGACAAGAGAGUGAGCGAGGAAGUCAUGUGGGAGUACAAGUGGGACAAUGAAGACAAGUCGGAGGUCUACGGACCCUUCACCAGUCAGCAGAUGCAGGACUGGGUGGACGAAGGCUACUUCAGCAGCGGCGUGUACUGCAGGCGCUUGGACCAGGACGGCUCGCAAUUCUACAACUCCAAGAGACUUGACUUCGAGCUCUACACGUGAUCACCUCAUCCCGUGCAGUGCUCCAUCGUCUUUGCUUGUGUCCACAUUGUUUUAAAAUAAUUUGCCCAAGUAUUGUAUUGAUGUUUAUUACUUGGACAUAACAAUAAACGAGAGAGCUCGUCAAUGGGAUGAACA